GCAACUGAAUGCGAUGGGCCCAUGAUUCAGCGGGCCGAUAAGGAGGGCCUAAAGACACAGAAACGACCAGAAAAGCGCGAGAUGAUUACAAUGAAAUAUCAGAAUGGCCCCCCGGCAGUCGUAGCGAAUGGGAAGAAAAGCUGGCUAUCCAACCUCGCUGUGGAUAGUGCUUCCGUUGUCGAGCUCACCGACCGGUGUGAGCAUAUGAAGUUGACAAGUGAUUGA